CAAGUUAAAUUAAUACCAAAUUAAACUUGUAGAAAUAUACAUCUUCAAACUUAUGGGAAAUGUUAUGCUUUGGAAAAUGAUGGAUUUACUGCCUGAUUCUACUUUCAAAAUUAAUGAUAAAAACGAUACAGCUUAAGUAAAUUCAGAAUUAUAAAGCUUUUACAUAGUCAAUGAAACAAGCACGUGAUUUUUAACAGCUGUUGUUUAGAUAAAGUAGAGAUCAAAAGCAUCAAAAUGUUGAUUUAAGAAGAUAGUAUGUUUCGACAAUUGACAUCAGAACAGGAAGAAAGCGAGAUUGUUCUCUCAGACAAUAAAGAAGACGAUGCGGAAAAGAAGGAUGGCACCCCCUUGCUCUCGGAAGCUCUCCACAACAUCGCUUUGGAAUUUCGAUGUGAAGAUACGACCCCCAGCCAGAGGAAGUUGUGCACCGAUUUUUGGAGAAAGUUAGAUCGACACCCUGAGUUUGACCGAGUUAUGGCCCGAGGUUGGUUAGCAGAAUGCACCGAGGUUGGUGUGGAAUCAAAGUCUGCUUUGAGAUCUCUCUCAAGGACUCCAUGUGAUGACCUUAGAGAAUUUGUGGAUAGACACAUCGACGAUAUGGUGUUUCCGUCCAUGAAACAGGACACUGCAAUUUGCGACGUAAACAAGGAUCUUGAAACAUCGUCGGCUAACCAGCUUCUUGACGACCUCGAACAGUUCGACUCCACGUUGCAAACAGAACAUACCGCUCCUCCAAAGUCACCGACAAGACACAAAAAUAACAAGAAAAAGCACUCAACAAACAGCGAACAAUAAUAUACUGUACAAUUAUUUGUAAGAGAGAUUUCACUAACUUAAAAACUAAAUUACAUUAAACGAAUUUUAAAUAGUU